CCGAGGUUUGCUCCCACCCAUGAUCCAAUCAAACAGAGAGACAGAUCAAAAGAGAUUAAUACAAGUCCUAACUUUCAUUGUUUGGUCUUAAAAGGCUUCACCGAAAAUUUCUCUUCCUUUUCCUACCUAUUGAGAUCUAGAGAGAGAAAAGAAAGAAACACACACACAUACAUAUGUCAUAAUAAGUUUUUUUUCUCUGUUUCUGUUACGGUGAUAGAGGAAGAAGAAGAAGAUGCUGCAGAGAGCUGCGAGUAAUGCGUAUUCAUGGUGGUGGGCGAGUCAUAUCCGUACCAAACAAUCUAAAUGGCUCGAACAAAACCUUCAAGAUAUCGAAGAGAAGGUGCAGUACGUGUUGACGCUAUUACAAGAAGAUGGAGACUCCUUCGCCAAACGCGCGGAGAUGUAUUACAAGAAGAGACCAGAGCUCAUAACCUUCGUGGAAGAAACAUUCAGAGCAUACAGAGCAUUAGCCGAGCGUUACGACAAGAUCUCCACCGAGCUCCAAAACGCAAACACCACCAUCGCCUCCGCUUUCCCCGACCAAGUCCCAAACUUCGCCAUGGACGACGACGACGACGCACCCUCCUCCAAAUUCUCCAAAAGACCCAACUUCCCGGGUCCUGGUAGUGCUCCCAACGUCCCCAAGCUGCCUGUUAAAGACCUGAAGAGCGCGGUGAGAGUGGCGACCAAGAAGCUUCAGCCGAGGAAGUCCAUGAAGUACACGGGCGGGGCGACGAACGUGGUCGUGAAAACCUCGGGGCUGAGUAAGUCCGAGGCCAUGGGGGAGAUCGAUAAGCUGCAGAAGGAGAUUCUGUCGCUGCAGACGGAGAAGGAGUUCGUGAAGAGCUCUUACGAGAAAGGUUUGUCUAAGUACUGGGAGUUCGAGAAGAGCAUCAAGGAGAAGCAGGAGAGGAUCUGCGGGUUGCAGGAUGAGUUUGGGGAGAGCGUGGCGAUCGAAGACGAGGAAGCGAGGAGGUUGAUGACCGAGACCGCGAUCAAGUCGUGUCAGGAGAAGCUGGUGGAGCUGCAGGAGAAGCAGGAGAAGAGUUACGAGGAAGCUAGAGAGGAGCAUGUGAAGAUUGUUGAGUCUAAAGAGAAGCUGAGGUCUAUGGCUAGCCAGCUUCUAGGGGAGGAGAGUGUCGUCCCUCCUGAAGAAGAUGAUGAGGUUGGGAGUAGUUUGGAGCAUGAGAUGAGAGAGAUGACUAGGAAGAAGCAAGAGCUGGAGUCUGUGAAGGAGAAGAUCAGAGAGCAUUUCGAGUCCGGUGUGAACUCUUCUCUGGAUGCAACCGAGAUGGCUGAGAGAGUCGAUGAGCUUGUGAACAAAGUGAUUAGUUUGGAGAGCGCGGUUUCAUCGCAGACCGCUUUGAUACAGAGGCUGAGGAACGAGACCAACGGUCUCCAGACGCAGAUCAGUAGUCUGGAGACGGAUAAGGCUGUGCUUGCUGAUGACAAGAGUGAUCUGAGGAAGAAGCUGAGGGAAAUGGAGGAGAAGCUCAAGGCGUUGCAGGACUUGGACAGGAACGUUAUGGUUAAGAGUAGCAGCCUGAGUACGGACUUCGAUAAAGCGUGUAGUAAUCUUGAUAACCUCUCUACUGGGAAGUUGGAUGAGGUGAAGCCAGAGAGUGUGUCUGAUCUGGCAGUGGAGAAGAGUGAAAGCUCUGAGCAGACAACAAGAGUUGCAGAAGAUAUCAUCAUCCCAAGUAAAUGUUCAGAAUCUACUGAAAAGAUUGGUUCUGCUUCAGAGAUGCAGUCUGAGAAGACAGCAGACUCAGUUCUUGAUAAUGUUUUAGAGAAACAGCCUGAACCAGACAAGACAGACUCAGUUCUUGAUAAUGUUAUAGAGGAACAGUCUGAAUCAGACAAGAAAGAUUCUGUUCCAGAUAAUGUCUUAGAGAAGAAGAUAUCUUCUAAGAAGGAGGGAGAGAGUGAACCAGACUGGAAAGAGAUGUUCAUGAAAGGAAUGGAGAACAGAGAGAAGCAUCUGCUCACAGAGUACACAACCAUCCUAAGAAGCUACAAGGACAUGAAGAAAGACCUAGAGGAGACGAAAACAAAGAACGCCACAAAGGACGACGAGAUCAAGCUGCUCAGAGAGAAAAUGAUCCUCCUGCAGAAAGGUCUAGCAGACAGCAACGAGCUUCUGGAGAGCCAGAUGUCGAACGACGACUACUCCACCGGUUUCAUGGCCGCCGAGAACGAGAGCAUGUCCCUUGUCGAGGAACAGUUCAGGCUCAACAUCGACGAGCUGCUCGAGGAGAACCUCGACUUCUGGCUGAGGUUCAGCACGGCGUUCGGGCAGAUACAGAGCUACGACACUUCCAUAGAAGAUCUACAAGCCGAGAUAUCGAAGCUGGAGCAGAGGAAGAAGCAGGACGGGAGCAGCACUGCUAAGUACGCUCUCAGAUCAGACGUAAGACCGCUUUUCAGACACUUGAGGGAGAUCAACACAGACCUCGGCCUCUGGCUCGAGAAAGGAGCUGCACUCAAGGAAGAGCUCAAGUCGAGAUUCGAGUCUCUAUGCAACAUACAGGAGGAGAUCACGAAGGCGUUGAAGUCGAGCGCGGAGGACGAUGAUUUCAAGUUCACGAGCUACCAGGCCGCAAAGUUCCAAGGGGAGGUGUUGAACAUGAAGCAGGAGAACAACAAGGUGGCGGACGAGCUGCAGGCGGGGCUUGAUCACAUCACCACGCUUCAGCUGGAGAUUGACAAGACGCUGGGGAUGCUGACGGAUGAGUACGCGCUUUCGGGUUCGAAGAACAGGUCGGAGCUCGACCUGCAGCACUCGGAUAGUAGGUCCAGAGUGCCGUUGAGGUCUUUCAUCUUUGGGUCCAAACAGAAGAAAACAAAGCCGUCUAUAUUCUCGUGCAUGCAUCCUUCGCUAUACAGAAAGAUGAAGACUUCUUCUUCUUCUACACCAACGUAAUAGGUAAUAUAAUAUAUAUAUAAUACACAUACCAUCUAAGAGAGUUUAAUUUGAUUCUUAUACUGUAAACUUAAUUCAGAUUCAUGGAGGAUUUGAUUUAUUGAUUUUUUUUUUUUUUGACUUUGUAUUUUCCCUAGGGAGAAUGAACCUUUUUAUCUCCUUUUUUCUUGGAUUGUGAGAUUGAAACAAUAGUUUUGUGUGUUGGCUUAUCCUUAUUGAGUAUUGGUAGAUUGACCGGUUGUAAACUUAUAACUGGUGAAGCAAGAGGAUAUUGUCUCCCAGUUUUUUUUUUUUUAAUUUUCUUAUUCAAAAGUUUGUAUGUCAAGAACCAUUACAAGUAACAGAGUUUGUGAUUUUGUUUGUUCA